GCUGGCUAUUUCCAUGUUCUACCAACGCACCUUCUUUUGGGAGUACCAUGCGCUUCCAUGAAACUGAAUGUCUCCUUCCAUCUUGAUUGCCUUUUCACUUUCGCCCAACUGUUGUUUUUGCUAGCUGUCAUACGGUCUGGAUUUCUCAACCAUGGCUCGAAAUCUGAUCCAAGUAUACGAUGGUCCGGGUGCUUGCAAAGGAGCCUACAUCCAAUUAUUGAAUUCACUUCGCAAGUGGGCUCCCGGAUUCACGAUCAUUGAAACCAAUGGAAAACUUAUUCAGGAACGACAUCGGUUCAACGAUACGAUUCUUCUGUGUUUUGGUGGGGGAUACGAUGUUGGCUUCCUUCGCUCAUUAGGACUAGCGGGCUGCGCCUCAGUGAAACGGUUUGUCCAGGAUGGUGGUCGGUAUCUAGGCAUAUGUGCCGGCGGUUAUUUUGCCUCAAAGAAGUGCAUGUUUGACAAAAACGGGCCUCUGGAAGUUUGCGGUCCUAGGUUCACAGGAUUAUUUGAAGGAAUUGCCGUUGGUCCCUAUUUUCCAGGCUUCAAGUACGAUUCUGAAGAUGGAAGCUAUGCUGUGCCCAUCAAAGCUGCUUGCUCCCACAUUUCGCCACAAUCUACCAUAGUUUAUUUUAAUGGAGGAUGCAGUUUCCAAUGUGACGAUUGGCCGCGUUCCAAGGCCUUGUACUACUACGCCAAUUCCACAGAUGCCGCUAUUAUUGUCUCCCGUUUGGGUGAUGGCUGGAGUAUUCUAAGUGGAGUACAUUUCGAAUACGAUCUUACACUUCUUCGGGCUUCAAAUCCAAAUCCAAGUCAGCGCUCCCUCGACGUUUACGCUCAAUUAGCACCGAUGGAAGAUUCUUGUUUGCAGUUAUGUCGGAAUUUGAUUGUAUCACUUUUAAGCGCUGACGAUACACUCAUCAGUGACUUAUGCAGAAAUUGAUUCAUCCCUUGUAACUGUGUUUCUUAUGCGGACUUUUCUGUUAAACCUAUUUUCUUAUUAUCUCACCUACCCAUUAUUCAUCAACUGAUGUCAAGUUUUCUCACUACCAUAACCUAUACUUAUCGCGUAA